GAGGGGAGAGGGGGAGAGCGGUUUCCUGGCAUUCGAACACAAAACACAUUAUCCGAGUGUGUGCGACAACCUGCUGAAACAAAAAUACACAAAUUAAGAGGAAUAUCGCGCGUGGAUUCAACAACAACUGUUCCCAUCAUACUCUGCUUCAGUUGAUCUCUGUCAACUAUCCAAGCGAGAGAUGAACACAGAGAAGCCUGGAUGGACCCCCAUCCAAGGGGAACCCUCUCCUCCCUAUCCCACAGGGCAGCCAGCGUUUCCUCCUGCGUAUGACAUGAGCAUGCCAGACUCUAACCAGUUUGGAAGCCCUGCUGCUGGAGGCCUCCCUUUCCCUCCACCAACUGCAUUUGGACCUGCUGUCGCUGGUGGUUUUGGGAUGGGCCCAAAUUCUCAAGGUGGCAUAGGAUAUGGUGUCAAUCCAGCUCCUUUACCUUAUUUCCCACCAGUUCAUGGCUUGGGUGACAACUUAAAUGAUGCCUGCAGCCAGGAGGACCCACCCCCCUUCGACGAGAACCAAGACUUUGAUUUUGGAUUAGACAACAAGACCAUAAGACGAGCGUUUAUUCGAAAGGUGUUCUUGUUGCUAACUGCUCAGCUGGCAGUGACGUUCGCCUUUGUGGCAGUUUUCACCUUUGUGGAAGAAGUCAAGAAGUUUGUCCUGGUGAACAUGUGGACCUACUUUGUGUCCUAUGGUGUGUUCUUUGCGUCCGUCUGUGCGAUCAGUUGCUGUGGAAGCUUGUGCCGUAGACAUCCUUGGAACCUGGUUGCAUUGUCCAUCCUGACUCUCAGUCUGUCCUACAUGGUGGGAAUGAUUGCCAGCUUCCAUGAUACGGACUCAGUAAUAAUGGCAGUGGGCAUCACGGCAGUCGUGUGCUUCACAGUGGUCGUGUUCUCUUUGCAGACCAAGUACGACUUCACUUCCUGUUACGGCGUGCUGUUUGUCUGUUUGACUGUAAUGUUCUUCUUCGGCAUCCUCUGCAUUUUCCUGCGGGACAGAAUACUGCACAUCGUGUACGCUGGACUGGGAGCGUUGCUCUUCACCUGUUUCCUGGCCGUUGACACACAGAUGCUGCUUGGCAACAAGGAGCUGUCCCUGAGUCCAGAAGAAUAUGUCUUUGCUGCUCUUAGCCUGUACACAGAUAUUGUCUACAUCUUCCUCUAUAUCCUUUCUAUCAUUGGAAAAAUAAAGGGCUGAUCAUGAGAUUUUUUUUUUCUUGUUAUGUUGAUCACAUAGAUUUAUUUGCUUCACUCUGUGGAAAUAUACAUUUUUCUGAUAGUAUGGAGUUUUUAUGUUGUAGGUUGAGGUUGUUUUUGUACCUGUGGUACAAGCAUUUAUCUUGGUUUGGAAAAUUGUUUCUAGUACCAUAUGAAAAUUGACCAAAAUAGUCACUAUUCACACUUCACUUACUCCCCCCAGAGCAUUUCUCUGUGUCACAGUUUGAUCAGUUAUGAUGGGAAUGUAUCUUUCUGCUUGUAAGUUAUGUUUUCACUCAUUCCAACUUAAGGACUUCUUCCUUGGAUGAAGACCCAGGAAUGUAGUUUUAAUGUGAGAAAAAAGAUAGUUUGUGACCCUUGAGUCUGGAUUGUUUUUAUCUCUUUUUUAUAUUCAGGGUCCAGAAAUGUGCAGAUUGUUGUCAAACAACUUUGUUAAGUGUAAAGAAUAAAUUUUUAUAACUAUG